GCUGACGUGUCGGCUCCUUCUGCCCAGUGCUCAUGCUCCAGCAGCGGAACCCACCAGUCAACAAAACUGCCAGCAUGGCAGCAAAACAGAUAUACCGAAACGGAUUUUUAUUACUUUUAUUUAAUUUUAUAUCAACCGCAGCCUUGGAAAAGAGGUUCUCCGACUUUAAGAGAUGCGCCGAUGAGGAGUGUAGCAUGCUUUUAUGCCGAGGAAAAGCAGUGCAAGACUUUCAAGGACCAGAUUGUCGGUUUUUGUCCUUCAAAAAAUCAGAAACAAUCUAUGUAUACUACAAAUUGUCAGGCAAAAGGUCUGACAUGUGGGCUGGAAGUGUUGGCAGUCAUUUUGGCUAUUUCCCAAAAGACUAUCUGGCAGUUAACCACCUGUAUACCGACAAAGAACUUGAAAUUCCAGCAGAGGAAACAGAUUUUGUCUGUUUUGACACCGGAUUUGAUAAAUUUAAUAAUUAUGACAUAGAUUCACUGUUAGGUUCUUCAAAUGAGGACAGUGAUGACUCAAGUAAAGAUACAGCUGAGCAAAUCCCACAGACAGAGAAUGCAGAAAAAGAAACAAAGCCCUCAUCAGAGGAAGUAACUGAGAGUGAAGCACACACCGAGCCUUCAGAUAUCACUGAGGAUCUGUAUAAGGUCCCAGAUGAUGAAAGUGCCUCUUUGCCUGAACCUGACAUAGCAGUUGAAUCACCCUCUACAGAAGUGUCACAAUCUGAUGCAGAAGCUGAAAAAGUUGCUGAAGACACAGAGAAUGAGCAAACAUCAAUGCAAGACUCUGUUCUGCAACAUGUUGUGGCAAAGGACAAUGAAACCAAAGAAACAUCUGCAGAACUUGAGGAAUCUCUGCCCAAAGAUGAUCAAGGUUCGGAUUCACAAAAUGAAUCAGUCUCUGUAUCCGAGGGAGUGCAAAUCCCUGAGUUAAAAACUACCCUUGGGACAACUUUCGAUGCAGUCACAACUGACGAUGAAACCACUAGAAAUGUUACACCUUAUGAAGAGGAAAAAAUCGAAGAAUCGGAAACUCAUAAAGAUCAAAGUGAAGAACGAAAAGAGACACCACUGAUAUCUUUCUCAGAGGACAACACUCCAUUAUCUGACACAGCAAAACCCAAUGAACCAGAGGAUAAAAGUGUGUGGAUGUCACUUGGAGAUGCAGUGUUUUCAGUUGUCACAGGUGGAGAGACAACACCACAUGAUAUCAGUUCAGAUGAGGACGAUGAUGAGGAUGAAGAUGAGGAAGUAGAUGUUUUUAAAACCACUAAAACCUUUGAGGAAACAAGAGCAGAUAAAAAACCAAUUGAUGAGAGACCACCACCAGUGCCAGAGAGCAAAGAACCGGCUCCUAUAGAUGUUCCAAGUUCAAAUUCUGAACCAGAAGAUGAUAAACAGACAGUGAGUGAUUCUGAGAAACUGUUGUUUGACCCUGAUAAUGAGACUGAAGGAGAGGCGAUCGAACAUGAGGAACCACCAGUGGAAAUGGUAAAACCUACUGAUGAGCAGAUAAACCAAACAGAGGCGGAUCAUGUACCACAAGAAAACACUGAAAGUGAUUCUCAGGCUCAAGAGCCAGACAUUAAAACAACACAAGAACCCAGUGAAGACAAAGAGGAGGUGGUGAUCUUCAAAGAGACAAAUAUCACUGAUGAACAUGUCAGUAUAGAAGAUAAGAGCAUUACAGCAGAGCAUAAAGAAGAUUUAGAUGAUGCAUCAGAAGAAAACAGAACAUUAUCUGAUCAGGAACCAGAACCAGAUGAAGACCUGACUACUCAGGAGAUGCAUGAUUCAGAUGUCAAAAAUGAUGAUGAAAAAAUUAUGGAUGACAACCUUGAACAAAACCAUGAUCAUUUAGUUCCAGAUUUAGACAGUGAUCAUCAACCUGAAUUAUCAGACAAGGAGCCAGAGCUAAGUGAGGACCCCUCAGAGCAGGAUGAUGAACAUAAAGACGUAGAAGAAGAGACGGAGGAGCAAAAUGAAGAACUGCUCGAAGAUGAAAAUGCACUUUCUUUCUCACAAUCAGACACAUCCUACACAGACUCUGACAAACCAGAAAUAAGUCCCCCUCCUGUGUCGACCCCAGAGCCAGAAUACAGCGACAGCAUAAUGAGGCUGACCCUGCUGAGAGACCACUUCCAGGAGGAGAACAUGGCACGCUUUCAAAAGUAUCUGGGCCUCACGAAUCUGUUCAAGGUGGAGGCCAUGUUCUCUGAUCUGGACACAGAGCUGCAGGCCACCCGUCAGUCUCACACAGGCAGCACGCAAGACAUUGAAACUGCACUGGAGGUCAUCCUAGAAACCUCCGAAAACGCCAUCUUGGAUGAGAUUGAGAAGAUGCUGGACAGUCGAGACUCAAAACCCAUCGAGGAAAAUAUGGAUAAGAGUAUUCUGGAUGAGGAAACUGAAAUACUGGAUGACAUCCAGGAGCUAGCAUUCAGCCUACGACAGAAGUAUUCAACAGCCAGUGACACUGCACCGUUGGCAGGAGACAAGAUGUCAGAUGUCCACUUAGUUGCAGGUGAAGGCGAAUUUAAAGCCAAAGAAGAUGUGCCCCACAUUACUGCACAAGAAGAGAUCGACAACCAGACAGAAACUGAAAGUAACGACAACCUCACAGUGACACAUCUGGAGGAGAAGCCAGCUGAGACUGAAAAGGAGAGCAUUGUUUUGGAUGAAGUCCAUACUGGACCGGACGUCAGUGUGGAGGAGGACAGUGGACAUUUUAAUAAAAACAAAGACAAUCAGCAGAGCUUCAGUCCAUCAGAUGAAAUGCAAAAGGUCCCACAAUCUACCCUGGAAAAUCCAUUAGACAUGGGCCUCGGUGUCAAGAUGGAGCACUCGGCCUCAGAAUCUUUGGAUUCCAUGGAACCAUCUUCUGAAUUUCACAAAGAAGAAGUGGGAUUACUCUCAACUGUCUUCGUUUACAUGGGCUGUAUACUUUCAAUAAUGAAGAGUAAAACUGCACAGUGGACGGUUGAGAUUAUUUCACUUCUGCCAGAAGAGUGGAAGCCAGGGGAAAACUUGUUCGGCUGUCCCUGGCAAGCAGUGGUUGUUACUGCUUUGGUCGGAGUCAUGACCUUUACCCUUUUCUUCUGGAGGACUGUGUUGGCAGUAAAGAAACGAGAAUACCUUGUGGAUGAUAAAAAACUCACAGAACAAAUGCAGGCCCUCAAAAAAGAAAAGAAUGAUGCUCUUGUCAAAAUAUCUGAACUCCAGAAACAGACUGAACACUUAAAAGAAAAUCAAAAACAGUCUCAGGAAACGGUCAGUUGUACAAUGAAACGGAUGCAAGACCUGGAGAAUAAGGUAACAGAGGCAGAAACACUAAAUGAACAGAUGACUCAAGAAAAGAAUAAAUAUGCCGAAUUACUUGAAGAAGAGAGGGCCAACUCACAACAAAAUGAAACCCGGAUUGGAAAAUUGGAGAAAGCAAAUGAGAAACUACAGCUCAGCAGGAAAAAGACUCAGGAAGCGCUUGCAAAGACUACUGUUCUCCUCGAUGAGGCAAAGAUUCGGGAAGAUGCCCGAAAUGCUCAGCACAAAUGUCUGGAAAAAGAGCAUACAGCGCUCAAAGAUGAGAAUAAAAAGCUUAAGAGUACAAUUAAAGGCUGGGAAGACAAACACAAGGAACUAAGCGAGCAGAUUAAAGUCUAUCAAAAGUCUCUGAAAGAGCUGGAAGACUCGGUGGUGCUUAAAGAUCACAAUGUGGAGGUUCUGUCUGAACUUCUGUCAGACCUCGAUGCUUGUGAUGUACAAAAAGGAGACAAACUUUUAGCCAAUGGUGAAGUAGCUCCUGAUAAGAAGACAGCCAUAAAGAACAGGAUAAAACAGAUGAUGGAUUUAUCCCGGGCUCAGACCACUCUCACAGUAGUUGAAGAGGAGCGUGAUCGCUUCAUGAGCAAACUUCUCAAUGAAGAAAAACAACGGAAAGCACUGGAAGAACAACACCAGGAGCUGGAACAUGCUAUUGCAUCUCUCAAGGGCGAGAAAAGCCACGUAGAAAACCAGUAUAAGAUUCUUCAGCAGAAAAAUGAAAUCAUGGUGGAAAUGUACCAGCAGAAGGAAAAUGCACUGCAGCAGAGAUUAACGAAGGAGGAGCUGGAGCGACGCAGCAAAGAGAAUCUGCUAUCCGAGGUGGGAGGAAAAGCUGUCGAAGCAGAGGAGCAGGUUAAAGUCUUAAGACAGCGCAUUAAUGAAAUGGAGGAGCAGAUGAAGAAGACUGAGGAAGUCUACAAAGAGCAGAUAAAAGAACAAGAAAACAAGACUCACACGAACUGGGUGAACGCACGUAAUGCAGAGCGAGCUCUAAAUCAGGAGAAGCUUGAAUCUUCAAAGCUCCGUGAAAAACUGGCUGUUCUCACCUCUCAGCUCAAUGAGCGCCGUGCUCCUCUUUUCAGACCAAAUUCUGGACAACCUGCAGGUCCACGCCAGGGUGACUCUUAUGGGCCGUCUCCUGUGAGCGGAGGGGCCCCGUCUCCUCCGUUAAUGAUAGAGGGACCCAGGCGCCCCCCCUCUGCCCCAGUGGGCCGAAGAAUUGACCCCUAUGGUCCACGACCUCCCUCAGAUCCACAUGGACGUUAUGCUGAAAACAAACACAUCUCUGGGAUGGACAUGCUGGGCCCCCGCAGUUCAUCACCCGCCAACUUGGAUGCAUCUACACAAGCAGUAGAUCCACAGAUUAAAGCUGAGGCUCAGGCUGAGGCCUCUACAGACAGCCCAGAGCCAGGACCUGGAUCCUUCCUCGCUUCACCAAUCAGGGACUCCCCUGGCCCUGCGGUCCCAGGACCUCCACCCGGCCCCGGACCCCAUGACCCACUCCUGCCUCCCGGACCCCACAUCCGCCUACCACCGCCGGGACCUUACAGGCCUCCACGACCCGGGCCCUAUCACCUCCCACCCGGGCCCCAUGGACUUCCUCCCCCAAACAUGCCUCCUCCCCUUCACGGGCCUCCACUACCAGCCAACGGACACCCGGGCAUGCCCCCCCCUGGACCCAUGGGCGAGUUUGGACCUCGACCCUCUAACGGACAUGCAUUCCACCCUAGGCCGGGCCCUGGUCCCAUGGAUCCCCGAGGUCCUCCACCGCCACACUUCCGUCCCCCUCCUCAUCACUUCAAUUCAAUGCCUCCGCCACAUGGUAUUCGUGGACCCAUGGGACCACGUCCACCCCUCCCUCCAGACAUGCGCUACCCCGGGCCGCGAGACCACAUGAUGCCACCAAUGGACCUGCCUCCGGGUGUCCCGCCCCCUUCUGCACACAGGGACGCUUAUGGUCAGGUUCCCCCCGACUCCCUCCAGAACUCAGCAGGAGCCCACAGCGGCCCCGGCCCCGGCCCCGACCUGCCCCUGAAGCAGGAGGCCCCUCAGGACUCGGCCAGGCCAUCGAUGAUAAAGCCUUAAACAUGCCACCGCUUCUGGCAGAGGACUUGAACACCCCUUUACCCUGCACCCACAGUCCAAAUAUAGGUCAGGAUUAUUUUCAGUUUUCAGUUCUAAAAUAAAACCUUCAAUGUUUAUUAAAAGAAAAACAUGGUCCUUAAUUUUAAGCAUAACGUGUCUGAAAUCAAUAUUGUCAAGAGUCAGAAGGAUUGCCACUUUUCUAAACAGCUUAUCGUGCAAUAACAAUUCACUAUACACAUAUGAUUUUCAUUUUUGAUCUUUUAAAAAAAAAUAUAUAUAUAGCAAUGAUUUUUAAGGGGCAGUUUUUUAAUGUCAUUUCCUGUGGAAAUUAUUUUAAAAAGGAGAAAAGGAGGGAGGUUUGGCUUCUAGCAUUUCAGGAAUACCAUAAUUUCCCAAAGCUGUUGCUUAAGAAUGGACUGUAAAGCAAAUGUGUAAUUUGAUGGCCAGAUGUAUAACUUAUUUUACUAUGUUGGUAGAAGUUUUAAUAAUAAAGAUUGUAAAAGCUG